AUGACAGCUCUGCAGGCAACCACUAGUGGAAGCGGGGAACCCUUCGGGGCUAAGGGCGUUCGACGCCAUCCUUUUGUGCGGCUGCCUGUGGUAAAUCCGGAAGAUGUCCACGUACGAUAUAACAGCGCGCGUGAACUGUCGUUCGAUUUAGGCGUUACUACACUCAUGGAAGCAUACAUGAAAAUGCGUAGCUUGUUUGCCAAGGAUUCCCUGACGGCUGAAGACGUUAGCACACUCAUGGUGAACGCCGACUACAUGGCGAAACAUGCGGUAGCCAAACUGGCACGAACAUGCAGGAAGCGCACAGCAGGCCAACUUCUUAUGAGACUAUCAGCUGUGCUUGUGGCGUUUGACUACCUGGCCUGCACAAUCGAGCUCCUGGGGGACCAUAUGGAUGCCGGCAGCUGGUGGCCUGAGUUUGUGCUGAGGUUCCGCAGCGACUAA